GAAUUGAAUUUAACAAGAUGCCAAUUUGUACAUAGAAUAAGAUGCAUUUAGCCAAAUUAGAAUACAAAAGAGUAGUAGUAAUAGGGAUGAUUAUGAAAUGCAAACUGGGAACACUAUUUGACUAGCGGUAAACAAAACUAGACGAAAUCUACAGAGUUUAUUUCUUUCUCGAUCGCUGAGCUCCGGGGGGCUGCGGUGAUUGGACAACAAAUGAUGAAUUCUCGUGUGUUGUUUGUACUCUACGGAAAUUAAGCCUCAAAUGAGUUGAACGGGAUAAAACAGAAAGUUUGGUAAUCAGAAAGCGAAAUAAAGUCGCACAGAACUCAGGAUAACACUGUCACAAGGAAUGAGAAUAAGUAACUCGUGUCAGGUCUUUGAGAUUUGCGUGGUGUAUUUUUUGGGGCAGCCAGUCGGCUACCAGGACAACCGAACAUUAUCGCUGAUGUGUCGUCACAGCGAAACCUAAGAUCGUCAUAAAUAGCAUUCAAGUCGGUAAAUAUAAACUCUUUGCUAUUUUGUAACUAACACUAAUCCUAAACUCGAACGGAUCUGAGUGGAAUCAAGUGAAAAGAUAUUAUUUUGGCAUGAAUAAUAGCACGGACGAGGGAACGCUUCUGGGUGGAUCUGGGAGUAAUGCAAGUUUGGUAGGAAUGGUUGUCGCAAUCUCAUUUCUGGCCGUAGCCAUCUUUUCUGGAAAUUUGCUUGUGAUUGUGUCAGUGGCUGUGAACAGGCGACUUCAGAACAAAACAAGUGUGUUUAUAACAAGCCUGGCAGUGGGAGACUUACUGAUCUCUCUGGCCGUUGUGCCACUUAUUGUUUUAUCGAAUGUGGUGGCGCCUAUGAUGGAGUACAGCCGAGGCAUUCGUUACUGUCAUGCUGCCAUUUCAGUGACAAUAUCGCUCAUGUUUAAUUCCGUUUCCAAUCUCAGUGCUAUAAGCCUAGAUCGUUAUUUGGCGAUAGAAACACCCCUGCAUUACAGAGCGUUCACUACCAAACGCCGUGUUUCCGCCAUUGUUGCUUUUGUAUGGGUAUUUUCGACGACUGUCGGGUUUAUACCUUACAUGGGCUGGCGAAAAGUGAGGAGGCCGGAACCGGGGGGCCUUUUUUGCCAGGUUCCUUUCAACCUGGACAAAAACUACAUCAUCGCAAUUUGUAUUGCCGCUACUAUCCCGGGAUUCUUCAUGCUCGUGGCUUAUUACAAAAUACUUCGAACUGCUAAGGAUCAUUCUAGCAGAAUCGCGUGUGCUAUGAAUAACAUAAUGCAGAAUUACUCGCGGCGUAGCAAAGCCACUAUAGACUUCUUGAAGGAGGCUAAAGCGGCGAAAAUGGUCGUAUUGGUGCUUGGCUCGUUUCUUAUUUGCUGGACACCGCUUUUUUGUAUUAUGAUUUUGGACGUUAUAAAAGAGAAUUAUAUAAAUUCAUUCGUGUAUGCAGGAGCUGUGAUGUUCGCUACCGUGAAUAGCGCAUUUAAUCCGGCAAUUUAUGCCGCCAUGAAUAGCGAAUUUCGAAACACUUUCAAGUCAAUUUUGCAAUGCAAACGACCUACCAGGAUUGUUGUCCCACACUAGAAUGAACAGAUGUGACGAUUAGAUAACAAAAAGCCCCAGGAAGGUGUGACAAAAUUUCACUCAUUCUAUAAGUUCAGAACGCUAAACGACAAACAAAUAUUAAAAAUAAAUUUUUAUAUGGAAGACUUGUUCGAGAAAAGAAACAAAACACAAAGUGUCGGUACGCACUUUGGGGAAGCUAUCCUUGAAAUUAUAUUGGUUAUAUAUACACUCUUUUUUAUAAGAACCAUUUUUGUAAGAACGCCCAGCCUUAACUGAAAAACUUCUUAUAAAAAAACGUCCAAAAUUAGAUGCUCCAUGCUUAUUCCGUGUGGGAAAUUAACAAAUGGUACAUUAGUUUUUUUCUUUCCCUAAAGUAAAAGGACCUAAAACAGCUGUUGAAUCAAUAAAAGCUUAAUCCGGGAA